GGAUCCUAUCGGACGUGUUAUUGCAGUGUCUUACAGAGACGUGAAAGGUGCGAAGUAAACAUAUAGAGCGUUUUGUUAGGCAAUAGUUAAACAAUAUACUUGUAUACUAAGAUGAAGAGGAUUAUUUUGGUGCUGAUUGGAUUGGGCCAUUAUGCGUCCGUUGGAAUUUGUGCACAAAGCGCACCAUGCACUACACCUACAGGUCAUCCUGGCCUUUGCGUGCCGUUAGAACAUUGCCGAAACAUUUACAGUAUUAUUCAAUCGAAGCAACGACCAUCUCAAGGUAUUCUCAACUACAUCCGUCGAUCGGUGUGCCGUUUACCGGAAGUGCGUAAGGCCGUUUGCUGCCAGCUCACCGAGGUGGAUCAGACCAUUGCCAGUUUGGCACCGGAUAAACCGUUGCUGCCCACAAAUUGUGGCACUACGACGGCAGAUCGUGUAGCAUAUGGCAAAGAAACAGGUGUCUUCGAGUGCCCAUGGAUGGCAUUGCUUCGUUUCAGAGACUUUAACCAAGAGCUAGUUGACGGCUGCGGUGGAUCACUUAUUCAUGAGCGAUACGUUUUGACGGCAGCUCACUGUUUGCAUGAUAGGAAGCUUAUCUUAGACCAUGUUCGCUUGGGAGAACAUAACAAAGUCACAGACAUUGACUGCGAAGGAGUAGACGGAGACUGCGCAGGUCCCGUUCAGGAUAUUCGGGUGGAAACCACGAUAACUCAUCCAAUGUAUAACAACCCAAAGUUUCGAAAUGACAUUGGACUUGUUCGAUUGGCAAGUAAUGCCAGAUUGGAUGAUCAAAUCAAACCAAUCUGUUUGCCAGUAACAAAAGAAUAUAGCAAUAUGCUGCAUUCAAAGUAUAUUUUAACGGGCUGGGGAACGACUGAAAAUAAUUCGCUUUCAAAUGUUCUGUUAAAGGCCUAUCUUCCCCGCGUAGAUAACGAGCAGUGCGAACACAUAAUGAGGAACAAUAGUCUAACGAUAGCGCUCGGUGAACAACAAUUGUGCGCUGGAGGGAGUGAUCGGAAAGACAGUUGCCGAGGUGACUCAGGAGGACCACUGGGUACGGUGGGGUUACUGUACAAUGAACCGAGGUUCAUCCAGUUCGGAAUUGUUUCGAUUGGUGUCAACACUUGUGGACUGAAAAAUAUUCCUAGUAUUUACACUAGGGUGGGAUUAUACAUGGACUGGAUUUUAGAAAAUAUAAAACCCUCUUGAAAACAAAA